CUUUUUGAGAUUGUUCAAGCACACCUCCCUGAUGCCCAUGGUUUUGCCGAUGAUACGCAAUUAUACCUGUCAUUCAAUCCUAAUAAUCCAGCUCAUCAAACGGAGGCGGUGUCUGGCAUGGAGGGAUGUAUUAGUGACUUGAGGAAAUAG